AUGUCCAUCAUGAUCUUCGAGCCAGCCGCGCGUACGAUUCUUCCAACCAAAGAUUUACUCUCCUAUAUAUUUGAUUCCCCGCAAUAUGACCAGGACAAACCGAUCUAUAUCGAUGCGAAGAAUCCAAGUCGUUCGAUUUCCUGCAAUCAGGCUCGCACCACAAUCCGAAAGUUAAUUGCAGGUCUUCACGCUGCUGGCCUUCGUAAGGGGGAUUGCGUUCUGAUCCACUCCUUCAACGACAUCAACUAUUCAAUCCUUGUCCUAGGAAUCAUUGCCGCUGGGGGCAUAUUCACUGGCUCAAAUCCAUCGUAUACACCGCAUGAACUUGCGCAUCAUGUCAGAGCCGCAGAUUGCAAAUUCCUGAUAUCUGAGCCCGAGAUAUUGGAUACCCUUCUUGUGGCAGCCAAACAAGUUGGAGUCCCAACGGAAAAGGUGUGGGUAUUCGACAACUUGGGGCAAGCUCUUCCACCUCAACAGAAAUCGUGGAAACGUUUGAUGGACCAUGGAGAAUCCGACUGGCUACGGUUCGAUGAUUUGCAAACAGCACAGACGACCACUGCUAUGAGACUCUUCAGUAGUGGAACAACAGGUCUGCCAAAGGCUGUCAUGAUCACUCAUUACAAUCUUAUCGCGCAACACGAACUUGUCAUUGGUCUUAACCCUCGUCCGUUCCCAAUUGUGCGAAUCAACGCAGUUCCCAUUUUCCACGCCUCCGCGGCCCCGGUGACCCACAUCUCUACUCUGAAAGCAGGGCAAGUGUGUUACAUGAUGCGGAGAUUUGAGCUGGAAGAGUACUUGGUCAAUGCGGAGAAAUAUAACGUCACAGAUCUUGCGAUGGUUCCUCCAAUUGUCAUUACUAUUUUAAUGUCUCCUAUUUCAAUGACAAAGCCAUUUCUCAAAAAGGCUCGCGCCGCAAUUUGCGGAGCCGCACCCUUAGACAUGGCGAUACAAUCUCGAUUUCGCUCAUCAUUGAUGGGAGACGAUAGCCCAUUCACGCAGGUGUGGGGUAUGACAGAGACCUCCUGCGUUGCAACCAUGUUUCCAUAUCCGGAGCAUGAUAAUACUGGGUCGGUUGGGAGACUGAUCCCAAAUCUGGAAGCCAAGCUUAUUGACGAGGAAGAUCGCAACAUUUCUGCUUUCGGUGUUCGGGGUGAGCUGUGUGUUCGAGGACCUACGGUGACACCAGGAUACUACAAGAAUCCUGAAGCGAAUGCAAGUUCUUUCGAUUCGGAGGGCUGGUACAAGACCGGAGACAUCGCAUACUGCGAUCAAGCCACCCGAAAGUGGUACAUCGUCGACCGAAAGAAAGAGCUCAUCAAGGUAAGGGGCUUCCAAGUGGCGCCACCUGAGAUCGAAGCCGUUCUUCUCUCCCACCCUCAGAUUGUGGAUGCAGCAGUUAUCGGAAUCACUUUCCCAGAGGCCGGCACCGAAUAUCCUCGUGCUUAUGUAGUGCGACGUCCGGGAGAUGCGGGGCAAAAGCUCACAGAAGAAGCUGUCCAGGAAUGGGUUUUACGACGGCUCAGUAAAUACAAAGCAUUAACUGGGGGUGUUAAGUUCGUUGGAUCCAUCCCGAAGAACCCGAGCGGGAAGAUUCUUAAACGAGUACUACGAGAAGACGCGAAGAAGGAAAUCUUGGCCGGAGUCAUUAAGCCCAAGCUCUAA